AGGGUUUACUUACUAACCCGUCAUUCAGAAUCAGAACUGAAACUAACCAAACAUAACUGCAGUCUUCUUUUUUGUUUCGAUGGAACUCAAUAAGGAUCAGACAGUCAUGUCGGAGGAUAAAAAGCCUCAAGAUCCAAAUCCCAGAUUUGCUUGCGAAGGUUGCAGCGUUUUGCUCGACGUCAACGAUGGUGACCGUCUCGUCUUCGCUCGUUUAUCUGGUGGCGCUAUAUUAAAAAUUGGGAAUAAGAAUUAUUCUUUAAAGCCAUUGAUCGGAGCUCCGUUUGGAUCUCUGUUCCAAGUCGAAACCGGAGAAGAUGGUUCUUUCCUCUCUCGCAUUCUUCCCAUUAAACAAGACAAUAGCAGUAAUAAUGUUAUGGACGAUUCGAGAGAUAAUCGGGAAAUCGUCGACAAUAAUGAAGCUCAGAACCUUACUGGUGAAGAAAUUGAAGCUAUGCGGAGAGAGGGUGCAAAAGGGGAUGAAAUUAUUGAAGCUCUAAUUGCAAACAGCAAAACAUUUGAUAAGAAGUUUCAGUUGUCUCAGGAAAAAUAUAAGCUUAAGAAGCAGAAGAAAUAUGCGCCAAAGCUGCUUCUUCGACGGCCCUUUGCUCGAAGUAUAUGUGAAGCUUAUUUCAAGAAAUACCCAGCCAGAAUUGGAUUCUUACGAGUAGAUGCAUUAUCUCUUCUGUUAACGAUGGCUAAUGUCACUGCAUACUCGGAUGUGCUUGUGGUGGAUAUGGUUGGUGGCCUUGUCACUGGUGCAGUGGCUGAAAGAUUAGGAGGCACUGGUUAUGUUUGCAAUACAUAUAAGGGAAGUUCUCCUUAUCCUGUGGAGAUGGUAAGGAUGUUCAACUUUAGUGACAAGGUUUUAGAGAGGAUCGUGCAGUCAUCGAUAAAUGAGCUCUCGUCAGCCAAUACUGCGUCUCCUGAAGGAAACAAUCAACAAGAAGGAGAAACGUCAUCUACAUCUGAUAUUAUGGUAGAAGAAAUAUCUGCGACAACUGAGGCUGGAGUAGUAGAUAUUGUUGUACCAGAGAGCAAAGUUAUCAAAGCCGCAAAAGCUGGAGCCAAAGCUUCAAAAGAAACUAUAGAGAUGUGGCGAGAAAACGGCUUUUCGAGCCUAAUCAUCGCUGCGCAAGACCAAGACCCAUGGAGCGUAGCUAAAGAUGUAUUGCCACUGCUGUCUUACUCUGCUCCCUUUGUAAUAUAUCAUCAGUAUUUACAGCCGUUGGCGACAUGUAUGCACAAGCUUCAACAGGGGAAGAUGGCGAUCAAUCUGCAAAUAACAGAACCAUGGCUACGCGAAUAUCAGGUGCUUCCUUCAAGAUCUCAUCCUCACAUGCAGAUGAGUUCUUUUGGAGGCUAUGUUCUGAGUGGCAUCAGAAUCUCUACCACUUGACUGUUGUUUUCAAAACCAGAAACUGUGGUUUGAUGUUUGGUCUUUAAGGUCUUUGUGGUUGUUGUUGUUGUAACAUUAGGGGCUGAGAUUAUGAGAACACUCCAAAUAAUUGAAAAUUUUGCCG